UGCUGCCGCGACGCCGGCGUUCACUCGGGCUGGCCGCAGUUUCACGACGAGAUGUCAACGACGGUGGUUUCAGCGAGUCGAGCUCCGCGCGCCCCUCGUCCGUCGUCGACGACGCAAGCGGCCGCUCCUACGGCUACGCACGUCACCACAGCCGUGCACCACCAUCGGCACACCGGCGAUACGCCGACGAACCGUCGGUCCGCGGUAACUCGAUAAAAGAGAGAGAGAGAGAGAGAGAGAGAGAGAGAGAGAGAGAGAGAGAGAGAGAGAAAGAGGGAUAGCUGAACGGGAGCACGGCGCGCCCGCAAGCGCGACCUCGCCGUCUCGCAAUCAAGGCCGGCCGCGGAGGCUGCGGAGGACGCGACGCGACGCGACGCGAUGCGACGCGAUCACGUGGCCGCUGUCGAAAGUGUUUACUUCAGCUAGUGGGAUUCCGCGAGCUAACAUCGAGAUCGUCAGCCUCGCCGCGCGAUGUCAACGCGUCCGUCUCGUGUGCCUCGGACGUGAGCUUUAAACGUGGGAAUCCUUUCUCUUCCAUGGAGUCCGGAUGCUGCGUGCUCGCUACGUCGAGACAGGAUGAUGGUACUGUCGUCGAAGCGACGCUCGAUGCGACAAGGGUAGACGAGGGACCGCAGAAAAGUGGCUACGCGUGGACGUCUCGUUUCCGCAUCAGUAACACGUAACCGAGUCUUCCCCGACGAGGGCGGCCGCGGCGGUCCGGCGCGAGGGUGAUGCUCUUGGCGGGCGGAAGUGAGGAAGGAGCCCCGGGCGGCCUUCGCUCCCAUCGCGUCCGUCAAGGGGAGAGGAGACCUUGUUCGGCGCCGCGAACGGGCCGGACGAGCACGAGCACGAGCACGAGCACGAGCACGAGCACGAGCGCGCGCGCGGUGCGGCCGCAGCCGCGGCAGCUGCUGCAACUGCGAGUGCAAGUGCAAGCGAGGAAGCGGCGGCCAGCGCAGGGGAGCAACGGCGCCUUGCGGUGCACGGCGCUCCUCUAACCGGCAGGCUUAGGAGGGAGUUAUGGUGUCUCGCGCAUGCAAUGACUGUGGCCGCCGCAGCCGUGGCACUGUGGCAUCGUGCCCACAUCUACAAGGCGCUCGCGUGCGUCGUCCUCGCCCUGAUCGGCGUACAGUACCUGCUUAGCGGCGGGGUGCUCGACCGCCGCUCCAUCGAGACCAUCUUCACGAUCAACGCGACCAGAUACGCGGACCACUCGUACCGAAGCCACCCGCGCGGUCUGAUCAUUUACGGGCCAGCGACCGUGCCGAGUUUGUCCGGCGCUGGCAAUGCGUCCUCCACGACGACGAUAUCCUCGAUACCGGUCAAAGGCAUCUCCAACUCGUCCCGUGGCGAGCCCGCGCCUACUCGCAACCUGGCCAACGGCGGAACCGCGAGAGAGCUCUCGGUGGCGAGCAACAACGCGAGCAACAACGCCACGACGAUGCCACGGUGUCCUCUCAUCCCGCCGAACCUGGUUGGACCGGUGGUGGUCAGUAAAUUACCACCGCCGCCGUUGUCCGAGAUGGAGAAGUCGUUCGCGGAGGUGAAACCAGGCGGCAUGGGUCGGCCGGCGGACUGCGUCGCCCGGCAUCGCGUCGCUAUAAUCAUUCCGUUUCGCGACCGUCUGCAGCAUCUGCAGAUCCUCCUCUACAACCUGCACCCCAUUCUGCUGCGCCAGCAGAUCGACUAUCAGAUCUUCGUGAUCGAGCAGGAAGGUUCCGGACCCUUCAAUCGAGCGAUGCUCAUGAACGUCGGCUACGUGGAGGCACUGAAGGAGCGGACCUUCGAUUGUUUCAUCUUUCACGAUGUUGACCUACUUCCAGAGGACGAUAGAAAUCUGUACACUUGUCCCGAGCAGCCCAGGCACAUGUCGGUCGCGGUGGACAAAUUCAAGUACAGGUUACCCUACGCUGAUCUCUUCGGCGGCGUGUCCGCGAUGUCGCGCGAACACUUCCAGCUGGUGAACGGCUUCAGUAACGUUUUUUGGGGCUGGGGCGGCGAAGACGACGAUAUGGCGAAUCGUAUCAAAGCCCACGGCCUGCACAUCUCGCGUUAUCCGGCGAACGUCGCGCGCUAUAAGAUGCUCUUACACAAAAAAGAGAAGGCGAAUCCGAAAAGGUAUGAGUUCCUGAAGACAGGCAGGAAGAGGUUCUCCACCGACGGACUGGCCAAUCUACAGUACGAGCUGAUCGACAAACGGAAGCCGAGACUGUACACGUGGCUGCUAGUGAGGCUGACGCCGCCGCAACCCAGCUGAUGGCUACCUUGGCUCGGCUAAAGGCUCCUGCGCCAAAAUCACGUUUGGCAGAGGAGCUCGCGAUCGUUCGCGCUCGUCAAGGAGCAUUCCCUAGGGUUUGCCAUUCGUCAAAAUCGAAACGAGACCUACGCUGGAACAUCGAAAAUCGCGCAAAACUGAUCGCAAGGAAAAUGCGAGCUCCAUGCAUUUCCUGCGGGAACGCUUCGAGGAACUGUGGAGUGGAUCUUGCUGUUAAUUUUAAUGACGUCGGAGACGCGACGAGCUUCCGAACGUGACGGCGUGACGGCGAUCCCCGACACUUCGAUCCCCAACUGACGCCAUGCAAAUACCACGAAGAUAUCGCAAUUACUUGGUGGAUAAUUGUACUGUGCGAAAUGUAAUGACCUGCCGCGAAGAUUAGAGGACUCAUGUGAGAAUAAGAUCCGGAGAUGCGGAGAGAGACGAGCCUCGCGGGAUCCCGUGAAAUUUCGAGCGGACGUGACCGGCAAUUAAGGAUCAUCGAGAACACACACACACACACACAUAACACACAUACCAACGCGACGUCUCUCCGCGUUCGAGAUGUGAAAGAAAAAAAAUCCGCCGAAUUAUUUCGCGCCAAUCUCUUGCAAACGUGUCGUCGGAAGCCGAUUGCUUUCUCGAUAUUCCUUUUUUUCGAUCGGCAACGGACAAAAAGUCAAUAAAAAGCCGAUAGAGUAGAAGCUUAGUUUAAGUAUAUCGUUUGCGUAUUGCGUCGCUGGUCGAGAGACAAGGCCGAGAAUAAAAGAUUCCCGGAGAUUAAACAAGCAGACGUGUGUGUUGAAGAGCAACGUCUAUGCAAGUUCGGUGCGUGUCAGUUUUGGGGGGGAGGAAGGAGGGAAAGAGAGCCGAUGCUGCGGAAAGAGGAGAGAGAGAGAGAGAGAGAGAGAGAGAGAGAGAGAGAGAGAGAGGGAGAGAGGGAGAGGAGUCGUUCUCUUGACAUCUCGCCGCUGCGUGAGGGUCUCGCGCGCGUUGUCCCUUACCGCGAUGAGAAACGAUGGGGUUAGGGGACGUUGUUACGUGAUAUAUUUUUAUUCCUCAUAUUUUUUUAUCGCAACGAUAGAGUAGAGAGCGAGUAGAGAGUAGCAUACGAGCUGACGUGCCAAAGGAGAGGAAGGAAAAAAGAAAGGGAGAGAAAGAGAGAGAGAAUGCGUGCGUGCGUGCGUGCGUGCGUGCGUGUGCAUGUGUAUGUGCGUGCUAUGCGAAAAAGAGUGCGAGAGAUAGAGAGAGAUCAAGGAGGAGACGCGAUGAGAGAGCGUAAGGAGCAGUAGGAAACCCGAGAAGAGGCUUCCAGCGUCCUUUCUUAGAGCCGAGCCACGAUAUCACAUUCGCAACCUGUCGCCGCUCUAUCGACUAUAACAGAAGAGAGACUUCGGGGAGCUUCCGCUUUCGUGGCUUUAUGUGUCCUGUUCGCCAACAAGCGAUCAUCGCGAACAGUAGAACCUCGUUAGCGGACGCCGAAUAAGAAGGGAAGAGAAUGAGAGAAAGAAAGAGGAAAAGAACAACCGGACUGUAAAGAGUCGAGAGAUCAUAUAACGGUAACCGGUUAAUAACGAUGAGUCAGCUGGGAUAAUCCAUCGCCAUCUUAAAUUCCACCGCGAUCCCAGCCGCGGUUCGUUUCCGUUCGUACAAUGGAACAUACGGAGAGACCCGGGAAGAGAGAUAUUAUACCAAAGUGGUUAAUGGCGUAACUCGUUCAUCCGAGAUUAGCGGAUCAGCCGAUCUUCUUCCGAUUUUCAGUCUCUUCCAGCUCGCGGAUUUGCCGAGGAUUUACCGCGCGAUCCGUAAGACAGACGGCGACUUGUUCGACUGAGGACUGAAUUCUUGAUGGCGGGCGAGAAGCGAAGGAGGAAGAUGACGUCUGUUCGGACACGUGCGGCGAUGAAAUCUUUUCCGUAGACUAAUCAUGCGAGAUAACGCGCUUCAGGGGCUUCGAAUCACUCUUCGGAGUCGUGUGUCGUACACACUCGUGCUUCGUGUAACUCGGACGACCUCCUCUCGAGGCGGCUGGUCGGAGCUUAUUUUUCUAGUAUACCCUGGAGUGUGACUGAUCGAUUCGAUGAGCACGUCCGUGGGUUUCGUUACGAUGAAUUGUGAUUUCUGGACCGGUAUUAGCGCGCGAUCGCGGCCGUGAAAUGCGGGAUGAUGACGAUAAUGACGAUAAUAAUAAUAAUGACGGUACUUAAUCGCGUUUGACCGAGCGUGCGCGCACAUGAACACGAAGCGUGCGUCACACUGUGUACACUUGCUCGCGCGUAUCUCGGUAUGUACGAUAAACGACGAUAGAAUCCGCAUUCCACGUGUCAGAGCGAAACUGUUAAAUAUGCGGCUUCUGCGCGGAGGCAGACUAAAGCGUAAGAGAGAAUGGCAGACUCGACGUCGGAAACCAAAGCAAGCAUAAUAAGAAAGUAUUCUCAUCACCGUUCUUUACCGUUGACAUCUGUACUAUCAACUAUCGCUGAAGACGAUCGGUAGCCUGUGAUUUCGUCGCGUCUCGCAUCAAUUCGCACGUAAAGUGCGUAAUUGCACUCAACAAAUUCAAUGUCGCAGUCGAUAGAGAACCAAAAACUAGACAAAUAUAUUAUUAUAGUAUUAGAAAAUAUAAUAUUCGCCGAGACUUUGGUUACUCAAGCUUCGAUGAACGAUCCACGGAGGUCACAGUGGCAGUGGCAGCGUGUCAGUUGCUUAUUAAGUUUUUCUCAUAUGUUACUGUGCGCGAAAAGGUAAUUCGUAUUUGCCAUUCUUUACAACGUAUUCAUACGAAAUUUGGACUAUUAAGAUUCACCUUUUCUCCCUUUUCUGAGAACAACAACAUCAAGGCGCGAUGAUACCGAGGAUACCGAAGAUAAUACGCGAGAUCGACGAAAACGUUAGCGAAGAAACGGCCGGAUACGCGCGAGCGACGAGGUUUAAAACGGACAAUAGCAGCGAGGCUCGGUCAAGACUUAGAACGCAUUAACAUAUCACUUGUCUUGUCAGUAGGGCGUAGUGCGAGGACGCGUGACGUUUUCGUGGACGAGCAUACUUAAGCGUUACAGACUCCGAGAGAGCAAAUAGAGAGCGGGCUGUGAAUAACGCAUCCUUUCUUGCGGUCGAAGGGAUCAUGGGAUUGGAGAGGAGAAGAGAGGAAAGGAGACAGAGUCGACGACGAGCAGCGGCACGAUUCGCGUAGCAGCAUCCUGUUCCUCUCUCGCAUCGCGCGCGACGAGCACAGUCGAUCGAUACUCAUCCCCGCCAUAGCAGGACUGCUCCUUGGACUCGUCCGGCGGCGGCUAUCCGAGACCUUCAGGAUUUAUCGCGUCGUAAUCCGCAUCGUCUUCGACAAGCUUCAAAAAUGCUUCCACCGGAGCGCUACGUUGUUUUUUCUCGCGACAACGAGCUCUCAGUUCCUCAUGAGAUCGCUUGACUGGAAGCUCCUGGAUUGACGGCGGAAGCGCUAAAAAGUCUCUCGUAAGAUACGUUGAGAUGAAAGGAGGAUGUAUCCAUAAAAUUCAUUUCAAGAUAUUUUGCGAGAAUUCUUGGCGCGUGUUUUCCCGCUCCCGACGCCAUCAACACGAGAGCCUUAGUUUCCGCGAAACUGUUACCUUUCCUCCUCCUUUUUAUAACCGACGAGUCGCACGAAGCGUCCGUCGACUUGUGUAUAUGUUUCUUCCUGUCUCUGGAGAGAGCGAGAUAUCAACUCGAGCCCGCUUUGCGUAUGCGAGGGUGAGUGUCAUGAGUGCGAAGAGCGCUGAUAAGCUUCUCGAGGUCGUUCGCGACGGAGGUGGGACUUGGCUGAUGUUCGCGUUGUAUAAAGAUAGCACAUACGUGAGUAAACUCGGACAUGGAAGUUGAGGGGUGUGCGAAGGGAGGAUAUGCAGAAGAGGAAGAGAAAGGUUUAGCGUGUUCCUUUUAUCGCCGUUCCUGUGAUUAAACAUUCCGACGUCGUUAUUAGAUCCAGAGAUAAUCGGUUCGUACGUUCCGUUGUUAUUUCGGAUUAUUUAAUCCGGCUUGUCUUCCUCAGACUUCUUCUUGAAACCGUUUCCUUCGUUCAGGUGGACGAUACAUUCACUCGCAAUUAAAUAUAUCAUAUUAAUAUUUUUUCACGCAAGAAAUUAGACUCGGGAAGCGUAGACGCGCAAGAACUUUGGUGAAAUCCACCGAAUUUGUAUAAAUUGCGAACAAGUCUGGGGAGGAUAAGUAUGCUCAGGAUAGAUAUGCUGAAUUCGUAAUUCGCGGUGUAGCCUCGUUGAGAGAUUUUUUCAGAGCAUAUACCGACAAUAUUAUUUAAUGUUUUGUUUUCGUUUCUUUCUUUUCUGUCAUUGUUAAGCCAUUCUAUAGCUAUAUUUAUUUCGAUAGUACGAUGAACGGAGUGGAAGACAGAGCAAGCGAACGUACGAAGGGAGACAGUUCGGAUAAUAUUUCAGUAUAUCUUAAGAUGACGUUGUACCAUAUUACUACCGUUAUCGAAUAACCGGAAAUAGCCAAGAUAAUUUAUAAGAUAAAUGAAGGAGAAAAUAUUUAGCGUGCUCUGCGAAAAUGGUAUAAGUCACAAUCGCGACGGUUUUAACGGAGAAGGAUUGGAUUUUCUUUAAACACAACUGGAAAAAUUCGAUUCGAUAAUAAUCGCGUACGAUUAAGAAAACGUUUUUUUAGUCCGCUUAAACAUUAUCAAAUCAGUCACCUCAUUCGAAAUAGCACGAAUGUGCGAAUGCGGUCAGAGUGACUGCUCUAUAUGGACAUAUAUAAAUAAAUAUGUAAUUAAAUAUGUCCACAACAAAAAAAAUGCUAUUGUACGAAUACAACUGAUGUGAAUGUUUCUGUUUGUGAUAGACUUGUGAUGUCAACGUUUAAUUUAAUACAUUCCGCGCUGUAUAGGCGCUCAUCCAUAUUUGAUGUUUCAGCUCCAAAGCGAAAUGUCAUGAAAUCAAAAAUUUCGAUAAUUAUUUUAAGACACGUUAUAUUUGACGGAUAAAAUUAGUUUACGAUAAGACAAACGCGAGCGACAAAUCACGUAACAUCAGUCCGGUACGGGACGAGUAAAUUCAAUUAACGAAACUCUGUCCCUUUUUCUUUUCUUCCUUGAAUAUUUUUUUCCACGUGGACAUAAAUAAUUAUAUAUGAUUAUAUACGUGUCUAUUGUACAGAGACAAAAUGCAUACAAAUAUGGAUAUGAAUUUAUAAAUAUGAAUGGGAGGGGAGGGUGUCAUAUAUAAUUAUGUAAAAUUUAUAAAUUACCAUUAUACACGAUGUUAAAUAAUUAUAUAUGAUCCUCUUUUCCCAGGAAAAGCGUCACAUACGACAGCGCGGCUUUAUCGAGUCCCGUCAUUACAAUCGUUUACAAACUCUCCUUGACUUAUAGUCCGUUUCCCGAGUACGCUACGUGCAAGCUGCGUCGCGUAAAGCAACGUAACGCGUCGUGUUGUUGACAUGUAUAACAGGACAUUUCAGCGAGUGUCUUUUUUUUUCUCGGCAUAUCGUACGAUCGAACACAUGUGAAAGAAAAAAUUAAGAAAAAGAAAAGCGCACCCUUCCUUUUUUUCUCCGUGUUCGAAGGUGUGCAAAUCCGUUAGCUUUACGCGGAACAUCCUGCACUCGCGUGUACACCAGGUGAAUUUGCUGCGCUCGAUUGCCGCACGAGAACUUCGCGGGAUGGAGGAGGCAGAAGCGGAGGAGGAACAACCACUGAUUCGUAUGCCGCGUUUGAGUCCGGCCACGACCUCGAGCUUCCGUCGAGGUGUGCGUGCGAUGAGAUUUUUGUACGUAUCGCUGUUACAUCCCGCACACAGGUACGAAUUUACGAGCUUCAUUUAUCGUGUAAGAGAGACAUUAUUUCGCGGUCAGUCAUGUGGAGAUUUACGAUCGGGUUGUUAUCGUCGCGUUGCUAGGCUCAUGAUAAUUAGACGAGGGAUCGUUUCGUAUAUGACAGAGUGCGAUUGCGUUUCUUUCUUUCUUUUCGCACUCGAUACAUCACCGGUACGUCGCUAAGAAAUGAGCGUUCUCGUGCGGCACAGGCGCGCGCGACUGUCAAACACCAAUCAUCAGCAAAGACGAGAUAAUGAUUAGGCGUUAGGUAUCGCGUAAGAUAAUUGCUAAGUAUUUAUAUGGAGGGAGGAAAACGCCGUGACGCGUUGGAACGCGUCACGGCGAUGUAAUACGAUGUGUAAUAUAUUAUACAUACAUAUACUAUAUACAUACAUAUAUAUAUAUAUAUAUAUAAUAUAAAUAUUUACGCAGUGCUAAUUAGAAGCGUCAGGGAAUUUUCGGAAAGCGGACACGAGGAUUUUCCGCACAUCGCUUCAACAGCCCGAUAAAACGCGAGACGAUAUGUUCCGCGAAUAUUCCGCGGCGCGGACGUACAAUUACGGAUUUUGCAGGAGUGAAACUCUCUCGUGUAAAAUUACAAUUCGCGGGAAGGGCAAGUCAGAUUUAUCCAAACUCGCGUGCAUAUGCGCCAAACGAUCUAUCUGUGCAGAUAUUCCGACAAUUCUCGAGAACGCGCUGUCGAAAUCUUUCGGGAAAUCAGGAUUCUCAAAAUAUCACGAGCGAUUCUUGCGACGUUAUUGGCAUAUUUUCUGCGUAUCGCCGUGACUGUCGGGGCAUCUUCGGAACACGAAAAAUUUCCGGAGGAAUAUUCACAAAAUACCUCCGGAAUACCGCUCAUCUCUCACGGCGGAAUAUCUCGUCGAAACCGCCAGUCUCAUCCAACGGCUCGUUUCAUAUUUCUCGAGGGGACGACUCUCUUUUUCUUAAAAGCCAUCGGGAUCUACCGUUUCAACUUCUUCCAUCUUCAUCUCGUGUAUAAAAGCCCAUCAAGAAAGAGUACGUACGCGUCGACCUCGACGCUCGCAUACAGAUCGGCUGCUAAGGUGAAACAAAAGAAAUGGAAGCACUAUUUAAAAGUGUAACACGAGCAAAAUAAGUAAUCUGUAUCCUCGUGUACGUAAUACUUGCUUCUUCUCGAUUUGCCAGAAACACCUGGGAAGCUGUCCUCUUUUCACAGGUUACAUUCGUGAUGUAUCGGAACAAUAAAUUUCUGUUAAAGCACA